CCAAUUCUGACUCAGCCCGGGCGGGGCUCCCCAAGUUUUUUUUCCUGAGUUCUUUUCCUGAUCCAACAAUUCCAACCUCGAGCGGGUCCCAGCCAUGCCCACGGAGACGGAGCGCUGCAUCGAGUCGCUGCUGGCCGUGUUCCAGCGCUACGCCGGCCGCGAGGGCAGCCCCGGAUCCCUCUCCAAGCAGGAAUUCCGAGCCUUCAUGGACAUCGAGCUGGCCGCCUUCACCAAGAACCAGAAGGACCCGGGCGUGGUGGACAGGAUGAUGAAGAAGCUGGACAUGAACAGCGACGGGCAGUUGGAUUUCCAGGAAUUCCUGAACCUCAUCGGGGGCAUCGCCGUGGCCUGCCACGAUUCCCUGCUCCUCAAACCCCAAAAUCCCUAAAUCCGGAGCCUCCGGAGCCGUCCCCGGAAUGCUGGAAUCCAUGGAAUGGCCCCGUUCCCCUUUUUUUAAUUUUUUUGGGAAAGGGAAAAAGCAUAAGUGAUUUUUUUUUUUGGAUAAAUAAAAGGUUUAAUGCCCUGGGA